AUGGGUCGGUUCAACUUCAUCGGCGGAACAGAGCCAGUCUUCAAGAAAAACCCAAUUCCCGCUCUGGAUUAUAGCACGGUGAGAACAGGUCAUAUCGGCUUUCUUUGUCACAAACAACCUACACUCGAAGGGAACUUGCGAAAGGCUGUGUCACAUAGCACAUUCUGCACUCUGAGAUCCGAACUAACAGUCUAUGAAUUGUGUGAAGACGUGCAGUGGAUCUACUGCAGGUAUCAAGAUGCACAAGGGGCUGAACGGAGGAUUCGCGCGCCAUUUUUCGUCGGCGCGGAUGGCAAGACGGGAUUUAGCCGGAAGCAGUACCUGGAGGCAAAAUGUGUACAUAUGGAGAAAGUCACGGAGUAUUUUUACCAGGAGACUUGGGUAGCGCUAAACUGGCGAAUCACAUUACCAACACCCGAGUCGCACCCUGAGUUUCCCCUGUGGACGUUGGGUUAUACUCCGGAACAAGUGUAUGACCUUUUCUUUCCAUAUGAAUUGCGCUUUAUCUGCAAUCCUAAUCGCCCUGCCGUAUGCGGGUGGUUCGGUCUUCAGGCAGACCGGCUAUGGAGAUUCGAAUUUGUCGUUCGUCCAGGAGAGGACGGCUACGAGAUGGCGAAACCCGAAUCAAUAAAGAAGGUUCCCCUAUGUGAUACACCAUGA